AUGGCAUCUGGGGCCAGUGACUGUUCGGAAAAGAGCGUCCAGUAUCGGGUGGAUCAUUUAUUAACUGCGGUAGAGAAUGAGCUUCAAGCUGGCAGUGAGAAAGGAGAUCCAACAGAAAGGGACCUUAAAGUCAGUUUGGAUGAAAAUGAACUUUGGCAGAAGUUCAAAGAACUGACCAAUGAAAUGAUAGUGACCAAGAAUGGCAGGCGCAUGUUCCCGGUGCUAAAGGUGAAUGUGUCCGGUCUGGAUCCAAACGCCAUGUACUCCUUCUUAAUGGAUUUCGUGGCAGCAGACAAUCACAGGUGGAAGUAUGUGAACGGUGAAUGGGUACCGGGGGGCAAACCCGAGCCACAAGCGCCGAUCUGCGUCUACAUCCAUCCAGACUCGCCAAACUUCGGUGCGCACUGGAUGAAAACCUCAGUCUCCUUCAGUAAAGUCAAACUUACCAACAAACUGAACGGAGGUGGUCAGAUUAUGCUGAACUCGCUGCACAAGUAUGAGCCCCGUAUCCAUAUAGUGCGCGUUGGUGGUCCACAGAGAAUGAUCACCACUCACUCGUUCCCCGAGACACAAUUCAUAGCAGUUACUGCCUACCAGAAUGAAGAGAUUACUUCUCUCAAAAUUAAAUACAAUCCAUUCGCCAAGGCCUUCCUGGAUGCCAAAGACAGAAGUGAUCAUAAGGACAUAAUAGAGGAUGUCAGUGAAAGUCAACAGUCUGGCUAUUCUCAAUUAAGUAGCUGGUUUCUGCCAGCCACAGGAUCUCUCUGCCCUUCUGCAAACCCUCACACACAGUUUGGCAGCCCGCUGUCUCUAUCCUCAUCCCAUGGCUGUGAACGCUACUCUACUCUGAGAAGUCACCGGUCCACACCGUACCCCAGCCCAUACUCCCACCGGACGACCUCUCCCAAUGGUUACUCUGACAGCUCCACUUGUCUGUCCAUGCUGUCGUCUCAUGAUAACUGGUCCGGUCUGCAGAUGUCCUCCCACUCCAGUGUGCUCCCGAUGGGCCACAGCUCUCCACCAAACUCAAACACUAAUCAGUACACCAGCCUGUGGUCCGUAGGGAGCUCACCUUUGACCUCAGUGUCUCAGACUGGAAGUAUGAGCAGCAGUCUGGGCUCCCAGUUCCUCCGGGGCUCUGCUGGUCACUACAGCAGCCUGGCUCACCCGGCCACAGCGCCCUCUUCUGGCUCUCCUUUAUAUGACCCCACUGCUGUGCCUGAGGUGCAUGAGGCUUCACAAUAUGACAGUUUAGCACAUGUACGCCUUCCUACAGCCUGGACCCAAGUCACACCACCCUCCUUAUAGGACAUCCACCCUACAGACUAA